AUGGGCACCUCACUGUCUAGGAGUUUCUCGCGCUUCUGGAAUCGCAACGAGCGGCGGCUGCUUCUCGUGGGGCUGGAUGGCGCUGGCAAGACGACGAUCCUGUACCACCUGCGCUUGGGCAAGGCCAUCGCCAGUAUUCCGACGGUCGGCUUCAACGUGGAGACCAUCAAGUAUGAAGGCUACAAACUCAACAUUUGGGACGUCGGGGGACAAGACACAUUGCGGCCAUACUGGAGGCAUCACUUCACCGGAACGCAGGGAAUCAUUUUCGUUCUCGAUAGCGCGGACGAGCAGCGGCUAGAGCUGGCAAAGGCCGAGCUCAACGGCAUGCUCGUAGAUACUCAGCUCCAGGACGCGUGUCUGCUAAUCAUCCUCAACAAGCGCGAUCUGCCCGACGCUCGCGAUGUCCAAGUGCUGACUGACGCACUGGAAUUCCAGGAAAGCUGCGCCCAGAGUAAGCGCCGCGUCAAGGUUCAACCCGCAGUGGCCACGACAGGCGAGGGCUUAAACGACGGCAUGACGUGGCUCUGCGAGAAUAUGACUGCGCUGUGA